CCCAGCGGGAUGGAUGCAGAAGCCCCACCAAAGCCCAGAGAGCCCAAGGUUGCCAACCGGAGAGCAGGAUGGAAAAAGCCCCUCCUCCUCAUCCUGUACCUGCUACAAGGUUCUUCUUUGGCCCCUGCACCCAGAGGAUCCCAUCUCAGAAGCCUGCUGCAGGUUAGCUCGCUCCCGUUCAAGACGCACCUCUGCACCGUGGAGACGCUCACACCUUCCUCAACCCUCUGCUGGCAGGAGGCACACUCCUUCACAGCUGCACAUGCACUAAAGAGCCCAAAGCUGGUGUCUGGGAAGCUUGGGGGAGCCGUCACUAUCCAGUGCCACUAUCCCCCCGUGUCGGUCAACAAGCACCAGAGGAAGUACUGGUGCCGCCUGGGACCCCCGAGGUGGAUCUGCUAUACCAUCGUGUCCAGCUACCACUACACGCACCGUCUCUAUGGCGGCCGCGUGGCUCUAGCCGACUUCCCACAGAGGGGCGUGUUUGUGGUGACGCUGUCCCGGUUGUCCCUGGAUGACGUGGGAUCCUACCGCUGCGGCAUCGGAGACCGGAACAACAUGCUGUUCUCCAGUAUGAACCUGACCCUCUCCGCAGGUGGUCCCAGCACUGUCCCGACAGCCACUGCGGCAGCUGGUGAGCUCAGCACAGCAUCCAGAGGGACGGCAUCUACGGCAGCCAACAGAUGGACCCCAGGAACCGCCCCGGCUAUCAAAGUACAGGGGACAGAAUGGGAAAGAGUUGCCCCAACUUCAGGAAGCAGCAAAACCACACCUCCAGCUAAGGGAAGACAAACCCCAGGAACAGCCAGGACAGAAGCUCCAGGGACAGGCAGCCAGGGAUCAGGUCCCACGGAGGCAACAGCUGCCUCUCCAGCGAGCCCAGCUUCAACAAUCAGAAGCAUGCCCAAAGCAACAGAUGGUGUUUGGGGGUGGGGCCCCAGAAGCUCAGUAACAACGAGGGCUGAGAUCAGCGAGGAUGGGAGGGUGAUGACAACUACUGAGGCCGCUAAGCCAACGGCGGAAAAAGACAGGGUCUGGGUAGAUCUGAAUACAACCGGGGAAGUCACAGGAGCCACAAGGCCAUCGGCCGUGGUCUCAGGAAGCUUGGCCUGGGAAACUCUCCAAGAAGCAACAUCACUCGUUUCUAAGCAACAAGCCCUGGAUGCCACUGAAGGAACAAGCCCAGCCACGGGGAUGUGGACCUUGGGAGCCACCAGCGUGGAUGCAGCAACUGUGGAAGGAGGCACUGAUGGAGACCUGGACAUUGCCUCUGGGGACAGUGGUCCCCAGGCAAUGCCAAGCCAGGCCCCAGCAGCAGGCCCCGGGAGGCUCCCUGGCAAGGGGUCUUCUGUGAAGAGCGCUCUCCCAGAAGAGGCCAGCAGCUCUCGGAUCCUGGCCCUGGUCUCCACCAUGCUGGCCGCGCUCCUCCUUGUGGCUCUGGCUCUGCUGCACAGGAAGCUCCGGAGGAGGAGGAGGAGGAAGAGGUGGAGGAGGAGAACCUCCCGGGAGGCCGAAAAGGCACCAGGGAUCACCCUGGUUCAGAUGACUUAUGUCCUGGAGCUGCACCAGGACCCGCCCUGCGUGGAAAGGAAGAUGCUCCAUGGUGACUCCCAUGCUGUCCAGCCCAGACCGAUUGUCCCCGAGCGGGACCCAGAACCCUGAGAGUGGAAAGGUAAACCACUCAGUCACCGUGGACAGCACCUCCAUGACCCCAGCCUCUUCUCAUCACCCCCUCCCACUUGCCCCCUGCACCUGCGUGACAGAAGCUAAUGGAGCUGGGGCUCCACCUGGAGACGCAAAGCCUGACCAUCU